AACGAUGGAGGUACACGCAUAUAUAUCUACCCCAUCAUGCGGUGCGUGCUAGUCCCUUCCAAUGAUAUAUGUACCACCUUAAGUCUUAUUCGCCAAUUGACUCAUUGGCGUCCCUUUCAACUCCAUGAUCUUUGCUGCCCAGCCUCUGUCCACCACGGAUCCUUCCAGUAAAUGGGUAUCCCCUUACAGUCAAGACACCAUGCAUGCAUACGCCCACUCUCCUGGGAGCUCUUCAUCGUCACCAGGAAUGUUGUUGUACUCUUAUGCUGAAGCAGACAUGUCCUCUGAGUCCAACUUCAAAUCCUGGUCGUCGUUUUGGUGUCCACCACAGCAGCCGUCAAAGUCUCGAGCUGUGGCUACGGUGAACCCCAAGGAGACCCACUGGACGACAUCAGAUGUCGCCACGCCCUCGUCUGCGUCAUCAUAUUCCAUCCCCACCCCCCUGUCUGCCUUGGGUCACUUUGACGUCGCCGACCCUGUGGCACCAGAAGAACCAGACUUUGACGAAUUCGAUUAUGACGAUGACGACGAAUAUGACGAAUGCGUCAAUGCUGAGGACGCAAUGAUGAUUCUUGAAGAAGAUCCGAAUGAAUUAACCCAUGCUAGCCAACCAGUACAGCAGACCAUUAAAACUUCUACGCAGGGCGAUCAAUCGGAACCUGCAGUAUCGUUUACCCACCACCCUCACCACCACAGCGACACCUAUUCAUCCGUGCGCGUCAUUUCCGACCGCAAAAUGACCGCGUCAGCGCCCGGUUACCCAACUACCUCGUAUCACUCGAUCGUUGAUGAAGCGUUCCAAAGAGAACAGCUCUCGCAUCCCAGCCAAGCGUUUCCAGCCACGCCACAUGUGCACCCCCUACAACACAUUUAUAGCGAUCUCGGGACUUCGUCUCUUCCGAUCGGGAGCCCAUCUGCUAUGGCAUCACGUCACCAGCCUUUCUGCUAUUCUAGCGCAAUCACUUGUACAAAUAUGUCCCAUCCAAUACCCAUCAUGCAGCCACAGCCUAUCCGCCCUAUACCACCUAUCCCCCUGGACGAGCUUACGUCCAGCGCGAUCGAGAACAGUCCAAAAUCUGACUCCUGCUGUGGAGCCUUAUCAUCCCAGCGCCCGGAGGCGUUUUCGCCACUUCCUUUGUUGUGUCAGCCUGUAUCUGACGCUGUCAGAUAUCAGCUCCAGAACUCGUCACCCAGCGCGUCUUUGGAUGAUCCUGAAUGCUACGAUGAUGAUGAUGAUGAAGACGCAUCAGAAGGGGCGUGUCAAGGUUUAUGCCUUCCCCAAGAACAACCGAUGUCGCAAUCUAUCGCGACCUAUUCCGCGGAAGGGUUUAUGUACUCCCGCGAUUGCAGGACUAUGGCGAUAAGAUGGCACUAAUCGGUAAUUUAAUUUUCAGACGAACACACCUCCAACCAGCUUCCGUCGGAGGCUGUACGGCUUUUGGGCUUCUCGAAAUACCCUAACCAGGGACUUACCAUGCAUUUGUACUUGUUCUGCAACACAACAUAUUAUGUACUCUCUCCAGGGCUGCUGCGUGUAUGUUUACAAAAUAACAGUAAUGGUACUCCAAUGGUAUUCCCCGACAAUUUCUACUGUAGAAAUGACAAAUCGACCCUACAUUAUCCCU